AUGGCGGAUGGAGGGGCUCCGGCGGCGCGGGGAUCGAGCCGAGGGGUCCUGAUCAGAGAUGACUGGCCGGGUUUCCCUUUACACCUCUUCUCCUUCCCCAAGCACUAUGCAGAGGACCUGGAGUGUGUCCUCAUCCCUCAUGGCAUCAUUAUGGACAGGACGGAGCGGCUGGCGCGCGACAUCAUGAGCGACCUGGGAGACCACGACAUCGUGGUGCUGUGCGUCCUCAAGGGGGGGUACCAGUUCUGCUCCGAUCUGGUGGAGGUCAUCAAGGCCCUGAGCCGCACGUCGGAGCGCUCCCUGCUCAUGCGCGUCGACUUCAUCCGCCUGCACAGCUACCUGAAUGACCAGUCGACGGAGGACCUCCACAUCGUGGGGCCAGAAGACCUGUCCAUCCUCAGCGGGAAGAACGUCCUGAUUGUGGAGGGGAUCGUAGACACUGGGAAGACCAUGAAGGCUCUCCUGAAGCACGUGGUCACCUUCCAACCCAAGAUGGUCAAAGUGGCAGGUCUGCUGGUGAAGCGGGUAGCCAGUGGUGUGGGGAGCCUUCCAGACUAUGUCGGAUUUGAAAUUCCGAAUCGUUUCGUUGUGGGAUACGCCUUGGAUUAUAACGAGUACUUCCGAGACCUCAGCCACAUUUGUGUGAUCAGCGAUGAUGGGAAGAGGAAGUACAAGGUGUGAAGGUGAAGCCCUGACAGCAUUUUCCAAAGCCUGCGUGUUCAUUCGCAAGGCUUGGACGCAUCGCGCUAACCUGGCGGCGAAUGCCGCUCCCUGCACGCUCCUCGAGUGCCUUCGCUCAACCCCCCGGUAGCCGUGUUUGUGUUCGAUAUCGAGAUCCACGCCCAGCCGUUGUCGGAGACGUCCACGCCCUGCGCUGCUCCAGCUCCUGCGGAGGCCUGAACCGUGUUUGUACGCAGCGUACAGUACGUUUGCCUGUCUACAGUAGAGCACCGGUGUAAAGUGUGAGUACGCGUGCGGGAAAGUGGUUACAGGUGUUACCCAGGUGUAUUCAAACUGUUGACUGGUACCGCAGCUUUCCCAUUUGCAUAAAACUAUUGGACAUAACCUUAAAGCCCAGUUUAUUCAUCCUUUCUAGGCCAUGGACCCCUUUAAGAAUGUGGUGAAAGCUAAGAACCCCCACUAGAAUAAUGUCCAUUAAUAAAUUUAGAGGAAAUACUUAACUUCACGUUGAAUUAUAUCAUGUGCAAUAAUUUUAUUUUUAACUUUCAUUUUAC